AUGGCUACUAUAAGCUUAGAAAGCUUGACGAUUACUGAAGGAUGCGCUAUCCUGGUUCUUCUUGUGGUGCUUUACACCAUUGGAACAGUCAUUUAUGAGCUUUUCAUUAGCCCCCUAGCAUCAGUCCCUGGCCCCAAAUUAUACGCCAUUUCACAGCUCCCCCUGCUAUACCGAUCAUACCAUGGUAUUUGGUCGUUCACCUUAAAGGAACUUCAUGACAAGUAUGGGCCGGUGGUCCGGGUAUCCCCUACGGACAUCUCAAUGAUCACUCCCGACGUGUGGAAAGAGCUCUACAGUCCUAAGAGCCGUCCGGGCGAAUUUGAAAGAGAUAGGUCAUUCCGUCUUUUGGGCAGGGGUGGUACAGGCAUUGCAGAUGAGGAUAUUGCGGAACACACUCGGCACCGCCGUAUGCUUUCACACGCAUUUUCAGAGAAUGCUUUGCGAGGUCAGGAAGGAAUUAUGCAGCGUCUUGUGGACAUGCUGAUCUCUGGACUGAAAUUGCAUGUCAAAGAACAUGGCCCUGAGCCAGUUAACAUGACCAUGAGAUACAACUGGACCACUUUUGACGUGGUCGUGGACCUGGCUUUUGGCAAACCCUUCGGGUGCCUUGAGGCACAGAGCACUCACUACGUGAUAAGCAUGAUUAAUGAUCUCUUUUAUUAUAUGGUGCGCACACAACCCUUCAAACGCUUCCCACUGCUCGGACCAUUUCAACACUUACUUGGAUCUCCUUCCGACGCUAUACCAACAAUAAAAUUUUUCGAAAAGUUUGCGUUAGAAACGAUCAAGAGUAGGAUUGACAGUGGAGAUACUGGAAGGAAGGAUUUCAUGUCGUAUAUACUGGCUCAUAAUAAUAAGAAGGAGUUCACCGACGGUGAGCUGACGUCUAAUUCAUCGACUCUGCUGCUUGCUGGAAGCGAAACCACCGCAACCACCCUCACCGCCGGAACUUAUUUCCUUCUCAAAAACCCAUCAGUUUAUCAGCGUCUAGUUCAAGAGAUCCGAUCCGCCUUCAAGGAAGAAAAGGAUAUUACGAUAAGCAAAUUGGACAAUCUCCCAUACUUAGUUGCCGUCUUGACAGAAACACUACGCAUAUUCCCUCCAGUACCUGGCAUAAUGUCCCGCACUAUUCCUAAAGGAGGCCAAUAUCUAUGCGGUUACUGGUUUCCAGAGAGGACUAUCGUUUCCGUUUCCCAGUUUUCUGCAUAUCAUUCAGAACGCUACUUUUCGCGUGCUGAGGAGUUCAUCCCUACGCGGUGGAUCCACAUUUUGCUAAGGACUCAAGAGAUCAUGGCGAGAGCUGAAAUGAGACUAAUCAUGGCCAAGAUUCUCUGGAACUUUGAUCUGGAACUUUCACCAGAAUACGAUAGCUGGGAAAAGGGGCUCCGCGUUUAUGGUUUGUGGAGUAAAGGUCCUCUCAUGGUGAAGCUCAAACCAGUUGAAAGAAGUUAA